AUGAUGGAGCUGAAAAGGUGGAGGAAACAGCUGCAUACAUCACUGCACUUCCACUUGACACCUAUCGUAAUGAUAAAUGGCUCGUCUCACCGUGAUGAUGGAGCUAAAAAGGUGGAGGAAACAUACUUCAGAAGUCUCAUUGGGUGUUUGAUGUAUCUUACAGCACCAAGACGCGAUAUAUUAUAUGCGGUAAGUGUUCUAUCAAGGUUCAUGCAUUGUCCAAGUGAAGUACAUUUGAAGGCAGCCAAAAGAAUUGUGCGGUACAUCAAAGGAACCAUCACCUAUGGAGUCAAGUUUCAGAAGACUAAACCUGUGAAGCUUUUUGGGUAUUCUGACAGUGAUUGGGGCGGUUCCACGGAUGAUAUGAAGAGUACUUUAGGGUAUUGUUUUAGUCUUGGUUCAGUAGUUUUCUCAUGGAGUUGUAAGAAACAGGAAAUUGCGACUCAAUCCACUGUCAAAGCUGAGUUUAUGGCAGCUACAACAGCAGUAAAUCAAGAAUUGUGGCUGAAGAAAAUUUUUGUUGAUCUGCAUAUGGAGCCGACAGGAAGCAUUGAAAUGUUCAUGGACAACUAAGCAGCAAUAGCUAUUUCUCACAAUCCUGUGUUUCAUGGGAAAACUAAGCACUUCAAUAUCAAGUUUUUCUUCCUGAGAGAAAUGCAAAAAGAUGGAGAUAUAACUCCUGUCUACUGCAAGACGAAAGAA